AUGUCUUCUUCUAAAAAGGAUGCAAGUAGCACCUACGCAGAAGCUGGACCCUGGAAAUUUGAGCUCCCGUACUCUAAGGUCGGGAGUCGCCUCAUCACUGGCUCUUCUACAAUUGUGAAAGCCCAGAAACUUUUCGGCCAACUUCAACCGAUUCGACCCAGUAAUAAAUGGAAAGGUGGUUCCAAUCGUGGAUUGAUUCCCCAUAGCCCUGAAGCAGACGCGCCGCGCUGCGGGACCAAUGUGUACACACCCACCGGACGUGCAGAGGGGCGGACACCAUUAACUUGA